AUGAACAAGGAGUUGUUCCUUCGUAUAGUUGACCGCCUCUCCAAUGAGAUUCCGUAUUUUCAGCAAAGAAGAAAUGCUGCCGGGAGAUUUGGUCUAUCUAGCCUUCAGAAGUGUACUGCAGCUAUUCGUAUGAUGGCUUAUGGUACGGCAGCUGAUGCGGUUGACGAAUAUCUCCGGCUAGGUGCUAGUACGGCUUUGUUAUGCUUGGAAAAUUUCACGGAGGGAAUAAUAAACUUGUUCGGGGAUGAGUACCUCAGAAGACCCACACCACAAGAUCUCCAACAACUCCUCGAUAUUGGAGAGUCACGGGGAUUUCCCGGAAUGAUAGGAAGCAUCGACUGUAUGCACUGGGAGUGGAAGAAUUUUCCAACCGCAUGGAAAGGACAAUACACACGUGGUUCCGGCAAACCGACAAUCGUCUUAGAGGCAGCUUCAUAUGACUUGUGGAUAUGGCAUGCAUUUUUUGGAUCUCCAGGUACGUUAAAUGAUAUUAACUGUUGGAGGUGA